ACCACCCACAUUUUCUUCCCCUCCAAGGCUUCUAAAGCCCUACAAAACCCCUCUAAAUCACUCUUAAGACUCCAGGGCUAGGGAUUAUGGCCAAAGCAACUGUUGCAGGGCUGAUUUCAGCCCUCGCUUCUGCGGCCUUGUCAGUCGACCAUGCUUACGCAGAUGGACCAUUCAAUUUCCCCCCAUUUUCUUCAUCUUCCCCAGCGCCCUCACCACCGAAGGCUGCUCCUGAAGCUCCUCCGCCGUCCGAUGCGGAGACUUCUAAGCGGGUCCGAAAUGACAAUCCGCGGACGACGUCGGCGGGUUUCGAUCCAGAGGCGUUGGAGCGAGGCGCCAAGGCGUUGAGGGAGAUUACGUCUUCUUCGCACGCCAAAAAGGUGUUUGAGGUUACAAAGAAACAAGAGGAAACAAGGCAGGCAGAGUUCACUGCUAAGUCAGCAGAGUUUAAGGCUAUGCAAGCACAUGCUGAAACCGAGAGACAGAAGGUGAUAUAUGAAGAACAAAAAAAGUUAGCUCAGCAACAGGCACAAAUAAAAUCCCAGAUGGCACGUUAUGAGGAUGAAUUGGCAAGGAAAAGGAUGCAGGCUGAGAAUGAACAUCAAAGAGCAAGGAAUCAGGAACUUGUAAAAAUGCAAGAAGAAUCAUCGAUUAGGCAGGAGCAAGCUCGACGAGCAACAGAAGAACAGAUUCAAGCACAGCGUCGGCAGACUGAAAGGGAAAAAGCGGAGAUAGAACGGGAAACAAUCCGAGUGAGGGCUAUGGCAGAAGCAGAAGGGAGAGCCCAUGAAGCAAAGCUAGCUGAAGACGUUAAUAGACGAAUGCUUGUAGAACGUGCAAGUGCAGAGAGGGAAAAAUGGGUUGCUGCCAUAAAUACAACUUUUGAUCACAUUGGAGGGGGUUUGCGGGCCAUACUAACAGAUCAAAAUAAGCUGGUUGUAGCAGUUGGGGGAGUAACAGCUCUUGCUGCAGGGAUCUACACAACAAGAGAAGGUGCAAAGGUGAUUUGGAGCUAUGUGGAUAGAAUAUUGGGACAACCAUCAUUGAUCAGAGAGUCCUCCAGAGGAAAAUAUCCUUGGUCAGGCUUGUUUUCUCGUAGGAUGAGCACUCUAUUACGUGGUACUGAAAAAGGGUCUUCUUUAACAAAUGGAAAAGGGUUUGGGGAUGUGAUUUUACAUCCUUCACUUCAGAAGAGAAUAGAACAGCUGGCUAGUGCAACUGCCAAUACAAAAUCCCAUCAGGCUCCAUUUCGGAACAUGCUCUUCUAUGGCCCUCCUGGAACAGGAAAGACAAUGGCUGCUAGAGAGCUGGCUAAAAAAUCUGGGUUAGAUUAUGCAUUGAUGACUGGUGGAGAUGUAGCACCGCUGGGAUCACAGGCUGUGACCAAGAUACACCAGUUGUUCGAUUGGGCUAAAAAGUCUCGGAAGGGUUUGUUGCUUUUUAUUGAUGAAGCAGAUGCAUUUUUGUGCGAGCGGAACAAAACCUACAUGAGUGAAGCUCAAAGGAGUGCCCUCAAUGCCCUUCUUUUCCGCACAGGCGACCAGUCCAAGGACAUAGUCCUUGCUCUUGCCACCAACCGACCUGGUGAUCUUGAUUCGGCCAUGGCAGAUCGCAUUGACGAAGUCCUGGAAUUCCCUUUGCCCGGAGAGGACGAACGAUUCAAGCUGCUGAAGCUCUAUCUGGACAAGUACAUAGCCCAUGCUGGAGAGAAAAAAUCCAGCUGGUUCAAGCAAUUGUUCCAGAGACAACAGCAGAAGAUAGAGAUCAAGGGAUUGACAGAUGAGGUUAUAAGAGAAGCAGCAGCUAAAACCGAGGGAUUCUCAGGGAGGGAGAUAGCAAAACUGAUGGCAAGCGUUCAAGCGGCGGUAUACGGGAGCGAAAACUGUGUACUUGAUUCAAACCUUUUUAGAGAAGUGGUAGAUUACAAAGUAGCUGAGCACCAACAGAGGAAGAAACUGGCAGCUUCUGAUGGAGGUAGCAUUUGAUAGUGUUUUUCUCCCGUUGUUUUUGCAUUUUUAGCUUUCGAUAUUUGUUAUUGAGGCAAUUUUUUUUUUUUUUUCCAACCAAAGUGCCUAAAAAUAAGCAGGUGAGAGUGUCUGCUUAUCUGUUUUACCAUAACCCACAUAUUUUUUGUUUACUGGGUUUCAUGUUGUUAUCAUUAUUUUACCCCCUGGGAAAUUGGGGGAAUUUUUCAGCACUUAGUUCCAGUUUAAAUUUGAUGCUGAUUCAGAUUAUGACGGA